AUGUCAAUACAAAUGCUUGUAGCCAAGGCUGUAUUACAGGAUGCAGACUACUACGCAGGGAUUCUGCCCAAGAAUGUCAACGGGUCUAAAACUUUCAAGAAAAAUCCUACAGUCAAAGGUGUGAAACGAUUCCUAACCGAGACUAUCAUAUUAGGCAGUCGGGGAUCGACCCCAUCGAAACUUAAGCCUUCGCAAUUGCUUGCCGAGCUUGAUGCUGAUGACGAUGAAGGACCCAACACUUCUAAGCAACGUUCGCCUACGCUAUCAUCAGAUGACGACAUCUUAGACAAAGUAGGAAUUGGGAAGAGAAAGCUUUUACUGCUCCUCUUGACGAAAACUCGGAUAAUGAUAUAAUGUUAUUUCUAACCAUUAAUGUGCGGUUAUUACAGUUCUAGCAUACGUUAGUUUUCGUGUCGUUGUGUUGUAAGUAUAGUAAAAACAUGAAUGUCAUGGAUGGCAUGUUUUGCAAACACGCAGAAGGAGAUAAGAUAAACCAGAAAAGGGGAAAAUAUAUUUAAUGUUGCGUUGUGAAAAAUUGAAAAUGUAAAAAAAAUAGAAAAUUAAAUCUAAAAAUGAUAUAUUUGAAAGCAAAUAGAGUUUUUAUGAGUUUCUUGGUUGAAAAUUUUAAUCCAAGUUGAUCACACGGAAGUUGCCGAUGUGAAGGAAGAAGCGAGGGGGAUUGGUGACGAGCCUCGGUCUGGUGUAGAACACCGACAUAAAACCAAGACUACCACGUGAGAUCGGCCUCAUUUGCCGCUUGAUUUCGCUGAUAACAGCAGAGAAAUUUUGAUGUCUUGGAUAUUUUCAAUCCUUCACAUCUUGUGUUAAAUAUAUAUUGGUAAGAAAUCCUUUUAGUAAUUAACUUUCAUUUACAAAGUUUUGUUUACGAUCUUAAUUUCUCUUGCAUUGAUUUUACUAAAUGUAAUAUUUUGUGUUUGGAUUUGUGUUUUAAGUCAACGUUUAGCCAUGGCAAACACAGACCCUGAAGUUAUCAUUUUAGGUCACUCUUUUGUAAAACGUCUUCAGCGUGAUUUAAAUUCAUCUUUCCAUCCAAGGGCACGUAAAGAUUUUAAACUUCGAGGUACAGCGUCUGUCUCUUUUCACGGCGUAGGAGGCAGAACUGUGAGUAAACUACGCCAAUUUGAUUUAAACAUUUUGAGUCGAUUACGUCCAGUUAUUGUUAUUCUGGAAAUAGGAACCAACGAUCUUAGCCAUCAAAGGCCUGAGGUUGUUGGAUCCUCGAUUGAUGAUUUAGUUUGCCAUAUUCUAGGCGAAUUUUCGAGCGUCCUAGCUAUAGGUGUUUGCCAUGUGAUUCCCCGCAGUUAUUCGUAUCUGGCGGCCGAACAAUUUUUUCAACAGGUAAAGCUUUUGAAUCAAUAUCUAAGCGUUGUAUUGGAGCAAUAUCCUAAUGUUUUUUUGUUGGCAACACAAGCAAUUUAACAGUAUAUUUAAGGAUUUAUAUUUACAUGAUGGAGUUCACCUCAAUAGAUUAGGUCAAUAUUUUUUAUACCGUAGUUAUCGAGGUGCCAUAUUACAAGUUUUGAGCAUGCUGCAGUUAUAGGUUUAGGUGAGUAUAGCACUAGCCACUGCGUCAACCAUGUGUUUGAUAAGGCUAUCGUGUUACAUUUUUACAUUUGUAAUUAGUUUUUAUUAAUUCCUUGUUUGCCAAUUUUGAAGUAACACUGUCAUUGUAUUUAUAUCAUGGGGAUAUAGUAAUUUAUUGAGACAUUGGCAUUGUCCAGCUCACUUUAAUUUAUAUCGGUAAUUUAAUGCUAUUUAACAUGAGCAUUUGGCUGUUUAUAAGUUGGCCUUUAAUGCCAGUGUGGGUUUAUAACUCUAACUUAUAUCAUUUGGCAGGUUUACAAUUGUGCCCUUAAGGUCUUUGUUACCUUUUGGCGAUAUAUUAUAUAUUUUUCAUGACAGUGUGGUUUAAUAUAAUCAUUUGGCACUUUUUCAAUUUUGUCAGUGGGGUCUUUGUUACCUUUUGGCGAUAUAUUAUAUAUUUUUCAUGCCAGUGUGGUUUAAUAUAAUCAUUUGGCAGCUCUACAAUUUUGCCAGUGAGGUCUUUGUUACCUUUUGGCGAUAUAUUAUAUAUUUUUCAUGCCAGUGUGGUUUAAGAUAAUCAUUUGGUUUGUUACAUUUUUGCCAGUGAGGUCUUUGUUACCUUUUGGCGAUAUAUUAUAUAUUUUUCAUGCCAGUGUCGUUUAAGAUAAUCACUUGGUUUGUUACAUUUUUGCCAGUGAAGUCUUUGUUACCUUUUGGCAAUAUAUUAUAUAUUUUUUAUGCCAGUGUGGUUUAUUAUAAUCAUUUGGCUUCUUUACACUUUUGCCAGUGAGGUGCGUUGCCUUUUGGCUAGUUGUGUUUAUAAAAAUUUGCAUGCCAGUGUGGGGUUUAUAUAACUUUUCAGGUCAAAUAGCUGCCAAGUUAUGUAUGUUUCUUUCAUAUAGUAUAAUAUGCCUCGGCGUGCAACACGAUCCACCUCGAAUCCGGGUCCAAGCGCAGCAGACGUUGUUUCAACUGUGAACCGCCCAGCUGUAAAACAGCCAGCCAAAAAGGCAACUCGACCAGCAAAGAAGUCAAGGUCAACAUCCAGCCAAAUACCCGUACAAGCGGUUGAAGUUGCAGCAACAGCACUGACCCCAGAUCUACUUGAGCAGCUGGUGACAAAGGUUGCUGAUGUUGUGAUACAGAGACUAUCUGGAAAUUCCAUGGGUACCAAUCCAACCGCUUCAGUCAGCCUACCAGGGUUGUCGAGUCCACAUCCGCCAGAUGCCAGCAUUCUACGGCAGCCAGUAGACCACAACAUCUUGCAGAAAGUCCAACCUACAAUAGAUUCCCUGGUCGAAGUAGCUGUGGGGCGCAGUCCCAAGAAGCUAUCGCAG